AUGGCCGACACUGCAACACAGCCGGCCAGUCAGGUUGGCUCGCCGAAGAAUUCAAAGAAGAAGGGUUCAAAGGCCCAAGAACAAGCACCAAGUCAGCUUGGUGAGACGGAUAGCCGGGCCGCUGAGACCGUUGACGAUACUCAGAAGGAAGAGUACGACGACCAAGCUGACAGCGGAGUCGAUGGACUUGCCACUGGUGACGAACGGGGAAGUGAGGAGGAGAAGCAAGAAAGAAACGAAGGAAGCGAAGAGGGCACUGAAGCUAUUGUAGCUGGUAGUGUCAAUCAAGAUGGGGAUGUAGUUGAUGAUGAAGGAAAUGUCAUCGGCCACGUGAAGGGUCAAAAUGCAUCCCAACUCGAGGGCAGCAUGGUUGACCAGGAAGGAGACAUUGUCGACAGUGAAGGAAACGUGGUAGGUCGCGUCGGUGACUUGGAAGAAGUUGGUUCAAAGGCACGGUCGGAACCUGUCGAAGGUAUCGAGAAGCCCGGGCUCGCAGGGCCUUUCGGUGUUCAAGAUAACGGUGAUAUCACCAAUGCUACUGGCAACGUCAUCGGGAAGCUCGCGGAAGGAGAACCUCAAGAUCUUGUCGGAGCCUCAAUCAAGGAGAUCGACGACGAAGGGAAUCUGAAAGCCAAAAGCGGCAGCGUCAUUGGCAAAGCAGAGCUGAGUCCCCAACUGCUUGAAAAGGAUGGAUCAAAAGCCGGAACCUCAAAGACCGAAGUAUCCGAUUCACAACAGCCAGAGACAUCAGAAGAGAAGCCCGACUUGUCGAUACUUAAAGACAAGAAAGUCAACAAACUCGGAAAGAUUGUCGAUGAGAAUGGCAAUCCAUUUGGCACCCUUGUUGAGGGCGAAGCAAAGAAAUUAGCUGGCAAGAAGGUGGAUGCGGAAGGCAAAAUCUGGGACGAUGCCGGGAAGGUCCUAGGGCGCGCUGAACUGCUCCCGGAAUCUGAACGAGAAGCCGAACCACUAGCUCCAUUCGAAGAUUUUCCAGACAGCAUCAUUGAUAGCAAAGGCAAUGUUAUCUUCGAGGGAAAGAUUGUCGGAAAGCUUGCCGAAGGCGAUGCCAAGAAAUUAGAGGGCAAGAAAAUUGACGCAGAUGGUGAUAUUCUGGAUAAGAAUGGGAAUGUUCUGGGCAAAGCUGAAAGAUACCAGGAGGAAGAAGAGAUCCCUGAAGCCCCUGAAGCCAAAGAUGUUUCCAUUUUAGAAGGCAAGAAAGUCAACAAGGCUGGCAAUGUCGUCGACGAUAAUGGCAAGCUCUUCGGCCGUAUCGCCGAUGGCGAGGUACCCAAACUAAUAGGGAAAAAGGUGGACGCUGAGGGGAAGAUCUGGAACGAUUCUGGCAAGGUUAUCGGCACUGCUGAGCUCAUCCCAAUGGACGAAAGGGAGGAAGAUUCAGGAGCACCAUUCGAGGACUUUCCUGAUACUGUCAUCGAUAGCAAAGGGAACGUUACCUUCGAAGGACAGAUUGUUGGCAAAUUGAUCGAGGGUGAUGCGAAGAAACUUGCGGGAAAGAAGGUUGACAAGGACGGGGAAAUUGUCGACAAGAUCGGGAACGUACUUGGUAAAGCCGAGAGAUGGGAGGAACCAGACAAACCUGAGCCUGAAGCUGUCGAUCUUUCUGCUUUGGCCGGGAAGAGAGUUAAUAAGGUUGGCAACGUAGUCGAUUCCCACGGCCAAAUUUAUGGACGACUUGCCGAGGGAGACCCAAAGAAGCUUGCUGGCAAGAUGUGUGAUAAGGACGGAAAUGUGUGGAAUGAUGGUGGAACCAUUGUCGGCCGAGCCGAGCUGGUUCCAGAAAGCGAGAGGGAAGGAGAGAAAGAAGGGCCAUUCGCAGGAUUCAACUCGCCCACCGUGACCAAGGAUGGAAAGGUUGCGGAUUCUAAAGGGGAUAUUAUUGGAAGACUCACCGAGGGCGAUGCUAAGAAACUUUAUGGAAAGGAAGUCGAUGCUGAUGGGGAUGUAUUGGACAAGAAUGGCAACACUCUAGGUAAAACCGAGAGAUGGGAGGAGGAAGUGAAAGAGAAAUCCAAAAACCCUGUCGCAGGACGAAAGAUCAAUCGCGAUGGCAACGUUCUCGACGAUGAUGGCGAUGUCAUUGGGAAAUUGGUGGAAGGCGACAUUGGCAAAUGUAUCGGAAAAGAGAUCGAUGACGAUGGUGAUAUCGUCAACUCGAAGGGACAAAGCCUUGGCCAUAUUAGCCUCCUUGAAGACAUCCCACUCGAACCAGUGCAAGAGCAAGAGGAUCCCGAGGAGGUCGAAAAAAAGAAACAGCUUGAACAAGACAAGAAGCUGGCUAACCAGAUGGCCGGCUGUGUCCAACAAUCUAUCGACAAAAUCAAGCCCAUCUUGAAAAUGAUCACAGAUGCUAUAGACGCUGCAGAGCGGCAGCCAAAGGAAGAGCUCGAUGAGCAGAAACUAGUGGAUACUGUCAAACCGCUACUCGAAGAAGGAGGCCAAAUCCUCCAAGAGGCUAACGGAGUCAUUCGUGGAUUGGACCCUGAUGGCAGAAUACAAGCGAAUGCAAAGAGCAAGACCGCUUCUCGAGAGGCAACACCCGAGGAACACAGGCUUGCGGAAGUGCUGAAAGAGUUGACAGAAAACGUCACCAAGACAAUCGAUCAGGCGAAGAAAAAAAUUGCAGGCAUGCCACAUGCUAAGAAGGAAUUGAACCCGCUAUGGGGCCUGCUAGCAGAACCUCUUGGUCAGAUUCUUGCCGCCGUCGGAUUGCUGUUGAGUGGAGUACUCGGCUUGGUGGGUAGACUGCUCAGCGGAUUAGGUUUGGGUGGCCUCUUGGACAACCUCUUGGGCGGACUUGGUAUCAAGGGAAUCCUGAAAGGUCUCGGACUCGGCAUGGUUACCGACUCAUUGACCGGGAAAAAGUAG